CGUUUUGGACGUAGCCUCACGCUGAUUGGCUGAGCGUGUGAGCGGGCGGGGCUAAAACCAGCAGAUUUAAGACGACAACUGUUCCUGUUUCCUCUCAUUGUGGCGUGGGGGAAGUGUGUGUUUCAGGCUCUGCUUUCUGUUCACCCAAACAAUGGUGAAGAUCUUCGUUGGGAACCUGCCACCCCAGGCAGAGAGUGAUGAAAUCAAAGGUCUGUUUGCUCAGUAUGGCACUGUCACAGAGUGUGCUAUCAUCAAGAACUUUGCCUUCGUUCAUAUGGACGAUCGCAAGAAUGCCACAAAGGCCAUACGCAACCUCCAUUUGUACAAGCUACAUGGCACUCCCAUUAAUGUUGAGGCCAGCCAUGGCAAAAACCAGGGCCCGGUCAAGCUGCACGUGGCCAAUGUUGAGAAAGGUGCAGAGGAUGAGCUUAGAGCUCUGUUUGAAGAUUAUGGGACGGUAACAGAGUGUUCCAUUAUAAAAAACUUCGCGUUUAUACACAUGAACAACUCUGAUGAGGCCAUGGAUGCCAUUAAGGGUUUGGACAACUCUGAUUUCCAAGGCAAAAGGAUUCAUGUCCAGAUCUCCAAAAGCCGACCGCGAGAUGAGGAUGGCUACGGUCCUCCAGAGAGAGGUGGCUAUUGGCCACCCCGUUUCCCUGGUGACCACCCACAGCCAGGCCCUCCUGGUUUUGGAAGAGGCCGCUUUGGUCCUCCUGGUUACCCUCCUGCCGUACCUCCACCCCCACCCCCUCCACCCAGACGCCCCCCCUUUCCUGGGGGUGGCUACGGUGGUGGUGAUCGUGAGGGCAAUGGGGUAGUGGAUUAUUAUGAGAAAUUUCGUGCUCGUCCUUAUGGUAUGCCCUCAUAUGAGGAUCGCCGUAUGGGCGGCAUCCCACCACCCCCGCCACCCCCUUCAGGCAUGAUGAGAGAGCGCAUGCCCCCUUCCAAUAUCGACCCCUAUGAUCGACGCCCUCUCCCACCCCCGCCGUCUUCGUUUUUCCGCGAUCGUAGCCCCAUCGGAAGGGCACCGCCAGCCCCUCCAGCCUCUGCUGGAAAUGGCUAUUCAUACGAGCGCUCCCGUCUCUCGCCUCUUUCCAUGUCUCGGAACCAAAUGUACAAUGCGCCUCGUUCCAGGGACCCCUACACUGAAAGGGUGCCUCCGCCACCACCUCCGCGCUAUACAUACUAAAGUGAAUCUCUGCACUUGUGUACCUAAGGUGUAAUUUAUUCGACAAGAUCGUCGUCGUUGCCUCCAGGUGCACAUGACGCGAUUCGCCCCUCGUCUGACGGAGCGCGUUUCGUUUGCCUGCGCCUCGCUUAUCAGAAGAGUUCUAGUGCGGACUUCACGCUUUAAACUUAAAUGAUUUUUACCCGACUCAAUUUCGUCCUCUUGCUUAAACUGUAAUUUGCUUAUUCUGUUCGGCUUGUUUUUUUACUGUAUAGAGUUCAGUAGGUUAUUGGACUGAAAGCAUCCAGCAGACAAGCUAAAAGUUUUAGAUCUUGUCAAGCCGGUAACUCUUAAAGCUGUUAUUUGUUCAGAAUUGUGUACAUUUUGUAAUUUUUUUUUUCUUUCCUUUUGUGAGAUCAAAACGCUUUUGUUUUAUUUGAAACCCAUCCCUUUUUUGUUUCUUCAACCCUGUAAAAACGUUUGAACAGUGCCACGUCUUUAGAAUUAAUGGGUACACAUGUGCGCCUUGCGAUCUAAACAUCUAAUAGGUCAGCAAUAAUUGCGACUACUGUUCAAUUGAGGUUUUUCCUUUUAGAUUGACAUUUAGUCAGAAUGGCAUCCCCUCUAAUACGAUGUACUCUUUUAGGGAUCGUUUCUUUUUUAAAUAAAAAGUCUCACACUAAUGCGUCGAUUUGUUUUAUCUUUAUUUGUCUUCCCUUUGAAACAUCACUUUAAUAUUAAUUAAAAAUAAUCCAGUGUGUCAGUUUGACGAUAAAUGCGUCACUUGAGCGUGCGUGAGGGAGGUGCAGCGCUGUUGGAACUUCCUGCUAGCUGUCUCUUAGUAAUGGAGAAUAUUGCCAUGUCCACUGCAAUAGAUCAUUUGACACCUUAAGCGAUGCUCGCUAUUAGAUUGUGCCCCUCGUAUCCCCUUCUAACUCUAAACCACCUGUUCCCACAUGCCUAACAUCUCUUCUGAAUGCUGUGAGCCUGAAUUGCCCAUUGACAAAGUUUUAAGCACUUUAAAACACAAUCAGCCCUUCACUUUAUUAAACUGCUUGCCAGUUGACUGACACAAACUCAGGUAAGUUGAUUGUGGUGUUUUAAUGAUGUUGCAUGUCUUAAGUUGCAAGUGGAGGAAAAGCAAUAAGGCUGUUUGAUAAUUGGAGUUUUCAGGAAACUUAAGAAAGGUAGAUAUUUUGCUGCAAGUUCUUUUCUAAAAAGUUUCACUGGGAAAGGGUGGGUUUUGGCUUGUUUUUAAACCAUAUACAUAUAAAAGUAUAAACUCAAGCUGUGUAGUACUGGGUUUGGAAACCUGAGCAUUGUUCCACAAUCCUUAUUAUAGUGCUGUGUGAGGGUGUACUUGGAUAAAUCAUUUGUAGAUAUGUGAACAUGCCAAAACUAGAAAAGCUGGCUGAUCAGGUAACGCUUCCUCAUGGCUGGACUUUAUGUAGCACAGGCAAGCAUCCAGGGGAAUCAAAAAAAAAAAGGGCUGUUCCAGGUCAGGUCGUGCAUGGGUUUAUAUAUUUUUUUCUAUGGGAUUGUUACUUAGGUAUGGGGCGUUGUGAACAUUUUGUAAAUGUUUCUUUUCGAACUGUUUGAUACCUUAAUGCAUGCAGGUUAACUAUAUUGGAAUAACAUUCAGACGAGCAGCCGUUCAUGAAAUUGCACAAUAAAACAUAUAUAUUAUUUUGGCAAAA